GCAACCUGUACGAAAAUUCAGAUUUGUGCCUCAAAAUUUCGGGAGUACAUUGAACUCUGCGCAAUGCCAAUGGACGAGGGCGACGCACAGGGCAGCCUGUGCCUCGAGUGGAAGCAGCUCAACUAUUAUGUGCCCGCGCAGGAGCAAAGCAAUUACAGCUUUUGGAACGAGUGCCGCAAGAAGCGGGAGCUGCGCAUUCUCCAUGACGUCAGCGGUCACCUGAAAACGGGCGACCUCAUCGCCAUACUGGGUGGUUCGGGCGCCGGCAAAACCACAUUGCUGGCAGCGAUUUCGCAACGGCUGCGCGGUAACCUAACCGGAGAUGUGGUUUUAAACGGCAUGGCCAUGGAGCGGGAUCAGAUGACACGCAUCUCCAGUUUUCUGCCGCAGUUUGAGAUCAAUGUGAAAACAUUUACCGCCUACGAGCAUCUGUACUUCAUGUCCCACUUCAAGAUGCAUCGCCGGACGACCAAGUCGGAGAAGCGGCAGCGUGUCUCGGAUCUGCUGCUGGCGGUGGGGCUGCGGGAUGCGGCACACACACGCAUCCAGCAGCUGUCUGGCGGCGAGCGCAAGCGUCUCAGCCUGGCCGAGGAGCUGAUCACAGAUCCCAUCUUUCUCUUCUGCGACGAGCCAACCACCGGCCUGGACAGCUUCAGUGCCUAUACAGUCAUCAAGACACUGCGCCAUCUGUGCACCAGGCGGCGCAUAGCCAAGCACUCGCUGACCCAGGUCUACGGCGAGGACUCGUUCGCGACGCCCAGCGACAAUGGCAGCACCGGCAGCAAUUCCAUUGAAAUGGAAAUUGUGGACAACUCGCACGAGAGCCUGCUGCAGGCCAUGAAGGAGCUGCCCGCACUGGGCGUGCUCAACAACAGUCCCAACGGCACGCACAAGAAGGCGGCCAUCUGUUCCAUUCAUCAGCCCACAUCCGACAUCUUUGAGCUCUUCACGCACAUCAUUCUCAUGGAUGGUGGCCGCAUUGUCUACCAGGGACGCACCGAACAGGCGGCCAAGUUCUUCACAGACAUGGGCUUUAUGCAGCCGACGAACUGCAAUCCCGCCGACUUCUAUCUGAAGACACUCGCCGAUAGCCAAGGCUCUGGAAAUGCGGGCGAGCUGCUGCGUGCCAAAUACGAGUACGAGACGGACGGACUGUAUAGCGGCAGCUGGUUGCUGGCUCGCAGUUACGGCGGAGAUUACAUGAAGCAUGUCCAGAACUUCAAGAAGAUACGCUGGAUAUACCAGGUGUAUCUGCUGAUCAUACGCUUCAUGACUGAGGAUCUGCGAAAUAUUCGGAGCGGCCUCAUUGGAUUUGGUUUCUUCAUGACCACCGCCGUAACGCUCUCUCUGAUGUACUCCGGCGUGGGCGGCCUGACGCAGCGCACUGUGCAGGAUGUGGGCGGCUCCAUAUUUAUGCUCAGCAACGAGAUGAUCUUCACGUUUAGCUACGGCGUAACGUACAUCUUUCCCGCCGCACUGCCAAUCAUUAGACGCGAAGUGGGCGAGGGCACCUACAGCCUGUCCGCCUAUUAUGUGGCGCUGGUGCUGUCCUUUGUGCCGGUUGCCUUUUUCAAGGGCUACAUGUUUCUGUCGGUGAUCUACGCCUCGAUUUAUUACACGCGCGGCUUUCUGCUCUAUAUAACGAUGGGCUUUCUCAUGAGUCUCUCUGCCAUUGCCGCCGUCGGCUAUGGUGUAUUCCUCUCCAGCCUUUUUGAGACGGACAAAAUGGCAUCGGAGUGUGCGGCGCCCUUUGAUCUGAUCUUUCUCAUAUUUGGCGGCACCUACAUGAAUGUGGACUCCGUGCCACUGCUCAAAUAUCUCUCGCUCUUCUUCUACUCCAACGAGGCGCUGAUGUACAACUUUUGGAUUGACAUCGACAACAUUGCUUGUCCCGUCAACGAUGAGCAUCCGUGCGUUCAGACCGGCCUGGAGGUACUGCAGCAGGCGUCCUUUCGCACCGCCGACUACACCUUUUGGCUGGAUUGUGCUAGCCUCUUGGUGAUCGCAUUGGUCUUUCACAUUGUCUCAUUCACGCUAAUCCGGCGCUAUAUCAAUCGCAGCGGCUACUAUUAAGUUGAUCCUUUUUUUAUUUUAUACUAUUCCGAGUUUACAUUGUUUACAAUUCAUAAUUCAUUUAUUCGUAACCAGGCGUUAGCCGAAUAAAAGUUGAUUCUUAUACAUAUUUAUACGUAGCUAUCGUUUAGUUACAAUUAUCGAUUUGAUGCACACACCUUUUCUCAUUUAAGCUCAUUUACUGCAGCGAAAAAUAUUGCAUUUCAUUUGGAUAUGCGUCUACGUGCGUAGUCGUCUGUCUCUGUAUUUGAAGUACCGCGGUUUUUAAAUAAAUUUGGCUAGAAAACAA